AUGACCAUUUUGCCCCUAAAAUCACCUUUGAUGUUGGUCGGGUGCUCUGUUGGGGGGCAUGGAUCUAGACAACAUCAGAGUGUUCCCUCAUUUAUUGAGUCUCUAGCUGCUGAGAAAGCUGGCUGUCCAUAUUGCUUCUGGAGGUUCUUCAUCAGCUGUUGUAACUGGGACUUAUCCUUUAGCAUUUGGAACAAGCCAUUGGUGUUUUUGCUUGCUAUUUUUCAGACUGAACUAACCAUUUCAAAUGAGGGAACUGAAGGACAAUUACUUUUUCAAAGAGUAGAUAAAGGUUUGGCUUAA